AUGGGACAACUGUCACAGGCGGAGGGACUCUCCAUUAUCAACCCGAACCCCAGGACGCUCCCUGGCCCAACGCUACUACAUGAACUCAUCUGUCGAUCGAGCGUCAAAAACGGCCCGGCUAUCGAUUAUGUCGACACCAAGGGAGAACGAGUUGCGUACUCGUACGAAGAAUUCGAGAUAUUAUCAGACCAACUUUCGCGACGCAUUUCCCGCGAACUGGCGACGCUCGAGACGAAAAUCCCUGGACGACGUCUCGUUAUUCCCCUUAUGAUACCUCAAAGCCCUCAACUCUACAUUGCCAUGGUUGCGAUCCUCAAAUCUGGAGCCGCAUUCUGCGCACUGAACCUUGACGCCCCAGUCGAGCGAAUCAAGUUUAUCCUUGGUGACAUCAGUGCCCACCUCGUCUUGGCCACGCCCGAACUGAAAGACAAAAUCUCAACUACGGAUCCAGGCUUAAGGAUACUGACCAUCGAUGAUGACCAUGCCACCGUGACGGUGAAAGUCAAGGAAAGCCCGUCAUCGAGCAACUUCCGGACGCCCCAUGGACAGGACCUGGCAUAUGUGAUGUAUACCUCUGGCUCCACAGGAACUCCCAAGGGCGUAGGGGUCUCUCAUCUUGCUGUAACUCAGAGUUUACUGGCACACGAUGCUCACAUUCCGGAAUUUUCACGCUUUCUUCAGUUCGCAGCCCCAACCUUCGAUGUCUCGGUGUUCGAGAUAUUCUUUCCCCUGUUUAGAGGCAGUACCUUAAUAUGUUGCAGCAGAGCCGAUUUGUUGGCUGACCUCCCUGGUGUCCUGGGGAAGAUGGAAGUAGAUGCCUGUGAAUUGACGCCGUCUGUUGCUGGUAGUCUACUCAGGACUAGAGAAAAUGCUCCCCAUUUGAGACUUCUCCUAACGAUAGGUGAGAUGUUGACUUUGCCGGUGGUAAGCGAAUUUGGCGGAAAGAAGGAGAUGCCAAGUAUCCUUUGGGGGAUGUACGGCCCAACGGAGGCGGCAAUUCACUGUACACUACAAACAGCAUUCGGAAAGGAAACAUCGCCAAGAUGUAUUGGUGUUCCAUUGGAAACCGUCUCUGCAUUUGUCAUCGGAAUCCAGGACGAUGAAGGAAAAGAGAAACAUUUCGAUUUGGUCCCUAUUGGUGAAAUAGGCGAGCUAGUUGUUGGUGGGCAUCAACUAGCGGACGGUUACCUGAACAGACCAGAUCAGACGGCGGCUGCUUUCAUUGAUACGGAAUACGGAAGAGUCUAUAAGACUGGAGAUAAGGCCAGAAUAACCGCAGAUGGAACCAUCGAAUGUUUCGGCCGAGUUGCUGAGGGCCAGAUCAAGCUGAACGGCCAGCGACUGGAGCUGGGAGAGAUUGAACAUGCCGUCCUACGCACUCCUGGUUGCCAUAGUGCCUUCGUAUGCGUUUUAACCAACGUCUUGAUCGCCUUUGCAGCGGUUGAGAAUGUUGACGGAAUGAAAGACCGGGUCGCGAAAACCUGCAAGGAUUGGCUACCAUCUUUCAUGGUACCCGCGGACUUCAUAAUCACGAAUUCGUUUCCAAGGUUACCAUCAGGGAAAAUCGACCGCGUCAGAUUAAAGCAAGACUACGUCAACCUCCAAUCUGAUAUGACGGAACCGCCCAUAGAAAACGUUGAUGAGACUGAGAAGGCGUUAUGUGAAGCUCUCCAUGACGUGCUGGCAGUAUCAAUACGCAAGUCUACCAGAUUACAUUCAGUCGGGCUUGACUCGCUCUCGGCCAUUCAAGUGGCGGCGCAGCUGAAGCAGAAAAACUUUUCAGUCAGCGCCUUGGAUGUUUUGGCAGCUGCUACGGUGUCUGAAUUGCUAGAUCGCAUCAAGUCCAGGGGAGCGAACAGAACGCAAGCGAUGCUGAGCAUCGAUCAGCCCCACGAAGCUGACCAGCCAAAUCUGUUCACUACUUUGCAGGGUAACCCGGCGCACGCUCUGAAGGCCGAUAGCAUCGAACGGUUCACGGAGCCUACAGCUCUUCAAUCCGCGAUGCUUGCAGAAACCCUGAAAGAUCAAAGACUAUAUGUGAACACUAUGGAGGUUCAGUUUGCGCAGACUAUUACGCACGAAGAAGUGAGGUCUUGGUUUUUCCAACUGGCCCAUCGAAACGAAAUCCUUCGCUCGGGCUUCAUUCAUCUGGGUACCGAUCUGGUUCAAGUCAUAUGGAAACAGCUUUCCACGUCGCAGAUUGUGACCGUCGAUGAAUUUUCCCAGGAAGCUUUCAUGAACAUUGAAUCAUUCCUCGAGCACCCUCUCCAGGUCGAAAUGAAGAGUGAUACACGGACCGCUCGAAUAACGAUUCAUCAUGCAGUGUAUGAUGGCUGGACAUUUGAUUUGAUCCUCGAUGAUUUAUCUUCUUUGGCACGAGGAGGUAAUCUUCCCCAAAGACCCCAAUUUUCCGAAAUCGCCUCGUCAGUUUCCAGAGCUACCAGCGACGUCGGCAAGGCUGCAUCCAACGAAUUUUGGGCAGAUUUUCUUCGAGGAUUCUCAGGAAGUCUGUUGCCAAACUUUAGGACAACAUCAGUACCGACCCCCCAAAUUCUCACUGCGUCUUUUACCCUGAGUAUACGCCCUCAAGUUGUGAGGACAUUAGCCCUUGAGUCAGGGGUGAGCCCUCAAGCGAUAUUUCAAGGAUGCAUCUCCUGGCUUUGGGCCGCCAUCAACGGCAUUGAGGAUGUCUCCACUGGCACUGUUUUCUCUGGGCGAACAUCACCCGUCUCGGGCAUCGAGCGAGUCAUGGGUCCGUGUCUGAGUACAUUUCCAAUCAGGGUGAAUCUUGCCGAAUCAAGCACUGUCCACGAUGUCGUUCACAGCAUCCAUACCACAAAUCGUCACGUCAUGAAUCUGGCUUCUCUUAGCCUUGCGGAGAUCAAACGAGCUGCCGGGAUGACACCUAACAGUAAGCUCUUCGACAUCUUACUGGUCUACCAAGAAACACUGUCCAGUCGACGGGCGAGGGCACGAGCCGUCAGCGAAGUAUCCCAUAAAGACAAUCUUGAGACCAAGCUACUACUUGAAAUCGAGCCACGCGGGGACAAUUUCAACUGCCAAUGGACAUGGCACUCUGAUGCUUACUCCGAAUGCCAAGUUAAGACGUUUGCAACACAUUUUGAAGCUCUAAGUCGGACUUUUGCUCAAAAUGUAACCUUGCCAAUAGCUUCUUUACGGCACGCAUUCGACAACCUCAAUCUAUCAUCAUAUACAUCAGGGCUAAGAUCGGUUGAAACGUGCUCCAGCCUUGCUGAAGCUGUUGAGAUAACAGCAGAACGGCAACCACAGGCAAUGGCCCUGUCUUUCGUUCAUUCAACAACAGCUGCUAAAGGUUGCGAGUCAAUAACGUACGAGCAACUGAACAAGACUUCCAACCAAAUAGCCCGAUACCUGAUGGCAUCCGGAGUUACUCCUGGCGGUAUUGUUGCGAUUAUCAUGGAAAAGUCACCCGCGCUAUACUGUGGGAUAUUGGGCAUUCUGAAAACUGGUUGCGCCUACCUACCACUUCUCCCAACAACACCCGCAAACAGAGUACGGCUGAUAUUCGAGCGGGCGCAGCCUCAGCUAUGCAUCACUGACCAUAAUAUACAAUGGAAAUCACUACCGCUGCCAUGCGGUAUCAUCAAUGUCAACGUCGACGAAUUGAAAUGCUUUGGUACUUCGAACGUUGAUGUUCCUCGGGACUCAAGUCAGACAGCCUAUGUCAUAUUUACGAGUGGCACAACAGGAGCACCCAAGGGAGUUGCUGUCACAAACAAGAAUAUGUUAAGUAACAUUGAAGUCUUGUCUCGUAUCUACCCAUACGACCAAAGAUCAAGAAUGCUUCAAGCCUGCUCACAGGCUUUUGAUGUCUCCGUUUUUGAGAUCUUCUUCGCCUGGAUAACUGGCAUGACUCUCUGCGGCGCUACGAAUGAUACACUCUUCAACAAUCUAGAAGGUUUCAUCCGGCAACACCGGAUUACGCACCUCAGCAUGACAGUCACCGUGGCAUCGUUGUUGGACCCGAGGAACGUACCACUCGUGACUUUCCUGGUCACUUCCGGCGAACCCAUGACCGACGAGGUGCUCAAUAGGUGGGCGUCGUUCCUUUACCAAGGAUAUGGUCCCUCUGAGACGACAAACAUUUGCACAGUGAGAAAAGUCUCUCCCGGCGAUUCGUCUCAGUAUUUAGGAUGGUCCUUCGAAAACACAUCGUCUUUCGUUCUUUACCCUAACUCAGAUUCCCUUGUGCCAAUAGGAUGUCUCGGCGAACUCUGUUUUGGAGGAGAUCAAGUCGCAUCUGGGUACUUGAAUAUGCCUGAACUGACAAGCUCCAAGUUCUUCGACCAUCCCAAGUUUGGGCGCAUAUACCGUUCCGGCGACCUCGGCCGUAUGCUACCGGAUAGGUCACUUAUAAUCCUGGGACGAUUGGACUCUCAAGUAAAGCUCAGAGGCCAACGUAUUGAGCUUCACGAGAUACAGUCGCUGGCUAUGGAGACAGGGGUGGCCAAGGCCUGCUCGUGUGUGGUGCUGAACCAUCAGAAUGCAAAGUCUCAACAACUUGUUCUAUUUUACGUUCCUGCCCAGGAGGGUAGUCAUACAUUCGAGUUCCUUCCCUUGGCCACGUCGAGGAAAGAUGAAAUGAGGAUUAUAGGUGAAAAGCUCGAGGAGUCCUUGCCAAGCUAUAUGAUCCCAUCACUUGUUUUCCCUAUUUCAUGCUUACCUAUGACCUCCUCAGGCAAAACGGAUGGCGAGCAACUGCGAUGCUCUACCUCAGCCCUAUCACAAGAGACACUUGACCAAUGCAGCCUGUUAACGCAACCUGAAGAUGCAUCGACGGAGUGGAGCGAUGCGGAAAAGAUGAUCGCAGAUGCCCUAGUUGCGGUACUCAGGGUAAGCAGAAGCUUGGUGGGCCGCUGGUCUUCAUUUACUACGCUCGGCUUGGAUUCGAUAUCGGCGAUGCCCCUAUCCAGGAAGCUUCAAGAAAAGUUCCACCGGCGCAUACCUUUGUCACAGAUUCUUCAGAAUCCUAGUGUCAGCCGCCUUGCUAGGUCUGUCGCCGAAUCUCAGACUCAAAGCAAUAAGAAGGGCCGUCAAUCGGAUCUGCUACCAGCCGAUUUGGCCGAGAUUCUGCAAGCACAGCUAGCUAAACAGGGAAAGAACGCUGAAACCCUGCUACCAUGUACACCCUUGCAGUCAGCUAUGCUUGCAUCCUCUAUGACGACUGGAGAUGGGCCAGCUUAUCGUAAUCAGAUGUUAUUCCGUCUUCACAUAGCCCCCGACGAUAUCAUGGCCCACUGGGAUCACAUGCGUCUCCGCCACGAGAUACUUCGGACCUGCUUCAUGUCUACAAAUCACAUUCUAUACCCAUUCGUACAAGCAGUACUUCCGAGACAGCCCUUCCGUUGGAGACGACUUUCAACUACAGAUUUGGAUGAAUGUGCUUUGCGCCAUUUGGAUUCCUUGCCUGGUGCCGUGAACACGCUAGAACCGCCUCUGGAUCUGGCUAUCAUCAGUACUUCUACUGGUGACAACUACAUCUCUUUUGUAUGUCAUCAUGCAUUAUACGACGGAAUGGCUGUGAGCAUCCUGCUAUCUGAAAUCGAGGAUCUCGCGGUAGGGCAGAAACUUCUCCCGGCUCCUUGUUUGAAACCAUUUCUUCAAGAAUCUCUUUCAACAUCAGACAACACCGAUGAAUUCUGGAUGGAGCAUCUAGAUGGAUUCCAGCUGAGUUGUAUACCCCAAGACGUUUCAAUUCACGCCAACGGUGCAAAUGGAUUCUCGUCUUCAACCCCUAACAGUUUCGAUCUUACCUUAUCCUCAAUUGAGACACGAUUGCGUGAAAUUGGGGUGUCUCUAUUGUCAUUAUGUCAGGCAGCGUGGGCGGAAACCCUGGCAACCGUCUCAGGAACACCUGACGUCUGUUUUGGGAAUGUCUACAACGGGAGAUCCAUCCCAGUGGAUGAUGUCGAAAGGCUGGUCGCUCCUUGUUUUAACACGAUCCCAAUCAGAAUCAGGAUAUCUGACGUCAACUCGAACCGGGAACUCAUGAGAAGAUGUCAAAGCCUCAGCGCAACUAUGUUACCAUUUCAGUUUACGCCACUGCGGAGGAUUCAGUCUCUGAUGCAUCAAUUGGGCGACACCAGUUUGUUUGAUACACUGCUCCUGUUGCAACCACCAGCGCAGUCAUUGAAUAAGGACAUCUGGAUUCUUGAGCAAGAUCAUGGCACCAUGGAUGUCCCUGUGGUCUGCGAAGCAAUUCCGUCGGCGGAAAACGAUAAGCUGACGAUCAACAUCCAUCGAAACCCUGAUUCCAUUUCUACCGCUAUGUGCAAUCUCCUCAGUGAGGUCUUUUCUCAUGCGUUACAAUUCUGUCUUCAAUAUCCGGCCUCGCAUGCUAGUCUUGAAUGGAUUUUGCCCAAUGGUUUGCACUCACAUAUCCAAGCUAUAAAUUCCCUCAAACCUCGCAGAUCAACCUCAGUAGGCGAAAACAAUGCCAGUCAAGAUGCUUUGAGCGAACCGUGGAGCGAGAAAGAAACACAAGUUCGUACCCUCAUCGGCACGCUAGCCGCUGUUCCUAUAAUCGGGAUCGGAAAACAUACUUCAAUUCACCGGCUUGGCUUGGACAGCAUCAGCGCGGUUCAACUUUCCAAUCUUCUGCGAGAAAGUGGAAUUAAUAUUACGCCGGCAGGGGUGCUGAUGAAUCCCACAUGCGCUGGCAUUGUAUCCUGUUCGACGAGCUUGGCUCCAGGUUUGCAUAAUCCCAGGCCCAGCUACGAUUUCGAAGCAUUCCACCAGGCUGUCACCGGACAACUGGACGAGUCGACGUUAUUGUCCGACCUGGAGCUUGUCCUACCUUGCACACCGACUCAGCAGGGUAUGAUCUCACAAUUCAUACUGUCAGAAGGGAAUAGCUAUUUCAACUUCGUAAGUUGGAGACUUGACUCCAACUUGGAUUGCCAGCGUUUGAAAGAUGCGUGGGUGCAACUUGCAGACCGCCAUCAGAUUCUCCGCACUGGCUUUGCGCCGGUUUCUCAUCCAGAUGCUGCAUUCAGUAUGAUGGUGUAUAGAAACCCACGAGCAUCUGCGCAGGUGAAGCAUCUCACCGUGGAGCAAGCAGAAGCUUUUGACGUCAAUACGUGGCAGACCAAAUGUACCGUGGAGGCAUUGUCUAAUUUGACUAAGCCACCCUGGGAAGUUGUCUUGCUAGAGAGUAGCGGAUCGAAGUCGAUGCACUUGGGAAUGCACCAUGCUUUGUAUGAUGCAUUCUCAUUGCAGAGGCUGCUUAUUGAGCUGUUCCAACUCUUCACAAAUGUAGAAGUUGGGUCCCCAGUUCCGAUGAAAACUGCAAUAUCAUCUAUCCUUGAACAUGUAUCAAGCCAAGACAAGGAAGCCAUCGAAUUCUGGAAAAACAUAUCGCCUGGUAUUGUCGUCAACUCCUUUCCGACCAUGACACCAUUACGCAUCUCCUCGCGGGAGAGAAACCGAGUAACCAGGAAGUCCGGUGCCUUACUUCAACAGCUACGAGAUAGUGCAAUGACAUUAGGUGUUACGGUCCAAGCUGCUCUUCAAGCUGCUUGGACAAGAGUCCUGUCGUCUUACCACGGGGAGCAUACUGUUACGUUUGGCAUAGUCCUAUCAGGGCGCUCCGCAAAUGACUUGGAACAGGCGCUAAUUCCCUGCAUCACAACCCUGCCCAUCGUGGCUCAAAACCACGCCACGAACCGACAACUUCUCCAGUCCAUGAUGGAUUUUAAUGCAACUUUGAGGCGAUACGAACAUGUUCCAUUGACGAAAAUUCAGAAAUGGAUCGGCUACACAGAAACCUCGAUAUUUGACACCAUUUUGGUCUAUCAGCAAGGGGCGCUUGACGCUGAUGGCCGCUUCCCAUGGAAAGUCGUGAGCGAAAAAGCGACCAUAGACUACCCAAUCUCGAUUGAAGUCGAAGAAGAAUUGACUGGAAGUCUUGAUUUCAGUAUCGACUUCCGGGUUGACUUGCUUCCUACUGAGCAAGCUGAGUUGCUCUUGGCACAAUUCGAUGCAUCGCUUCUUCACCUGUUGAAAGCACCUGAUAGUCAGGCAAAGGACCUAGUAGCUGGAUGCCCUGAACUUCACUCUAUACUGCCAGCGAAGUGUAGUGAAUUGCCCACCCGAGCGGCAUUCCUACACCAGUUUGUGGAGCACACUGCAGCCAACUCUCCGGAUGCUCUGGCGUUAGAGUUCGUGGACGCUAUUGCCGGAGACGUUCAUAGCCAGCGCUGGUCUUACCAAGAUUUAGAUCAAAUUGGAAAUCGGGUCGCGCGGCUGUUGAUUGCGAAUGGAAUCACAGCAGGUGGCAUCGUUGCCACAUGCUUCGACAAAUGCCCCGAAGCGUAUUUCACAAUUCUUGGUGUCCUCAAAGCGGGUUGCGCGUUCGUUGCACUUGAUCCAAGUGCUCCAGCUUCUCGGCACGAGUUCAUCCUGCAUGACUCCCAGGCACUGGCGCUUAUGAUCAAAGAAGGGACAUCCUCGGAUCUGACUUUCAACCCACCUUGUCCUGUCCUCGAGGUGAGCGCCACGGAUCUUAGCAUAUAUGCCGGAGAUACCCUGGACCUCACUCAAAUUGAGCCAGACGAUACUUGCUACUGUCUCUACACAAGUGGAACAACGGGCACACCCAAGGGCUGCCUUAUCACACAUGAUAAUGCUGUUCAAGCAAUACUCGCGUUUCAAGGACUUUUUGCUGGCCACUGGGACGAAAGUUCACGAUGGCUACAAUUUGCGUCUUUCCAUUUCGAUGUUUCGGUUCUGGAACAGUACUGGCCGUGGUCCGUUGGUAUUCCUGUCAUCUCAGCACCACGAGAUCUCAUCUUGAGUGACUUAAUAGCCACAAUUUCCAAACUCGAGAUCACCCACAUAGACUUGACACCCAGCCUCGCCCGUCUUGUUCAUCCAGACGAAGUACCUAGCCUAUGUAGGGGCGUCUUCAUUACUGGUGGUGAGCAGCUCCGGCAAGAUGUUCUCGAUGUCUGGGGUUCGAAAGGGGUCAUUUACAAUGCUUAUGGGCCUACCGAGGCAACUAUCGGCGUUACGAUGUAUUGCAGGGUACCCCAAAAUGGACGGGCAACAAACAUCGGUAGACAAUUCCCCAACGUCGGGUCCUAUGUCCUUCAGCCCGGCUUGGAUGUCCCUGUGUUGAGAGGCGGCAUCGGGGAGCUAUGCGUUUCGGGGAAGCUGGUCGGCAAAGGCUACUUGAACCGCGAGGAUCUCAGCAAAGAACGAUUUCCCCUACUGGAAAGAUUUAACGAGCGUGUUUAUCGUACGGGCGAUCUCGUCAGAGUCCUUCACGACGGGUGUUUUGACUUUCUUGGCCGAGCUGACGACCAAGUCAAACUUCGUGGCCAGCGUCUUGAGAUCGGCGAGGUCAACCAUGCCAUAAAGUCUGGCGUCCCGCGUAUAAUGGACGUGGCUACCUUGGUCACCAAGCACCAGGGUCACGACAGGGAUGUGAUGGUUUCAUUCAUUGUUAUUGAUUCGAACAGCGACCAUGCACAUAAUCUUGAGGUACUUGGUGACCACGAAAGCCACAGGCUCUCCUCGGAGGCUCAGGAUGCAUGUCGUGCUAAGCUGCCAGGUUACAUGGUUCCCACCUAUGUGCUCUGUGUUCCAUACAUCCCGUUAUCCGCGAACAACAAAGCUCAAACAGGUAUCCUUAAGCAGAUUUUCAAUAGUCUUUCAGCAGAUCAACUUAGGGCUAUCGCAUCCUCGUCGGGCAAUGGAAGUGCUCUACUCCACCAAGUAGAACCGAAACUUGCCGAAGUUAUAUCAAAUGUCACUAAUAUUGAGAUUCAUUCUAUCUCUUCUUUCUCGACCAUUUUCGAGCUUGGAGUAGAUUCGAUAACGGUAAUAGAGCUCGCUCGUCGACUUGGCGCUGCCGGGUUUCUUGGUGUUGCCCCAUCAAUGAUUCUUCAGCACCCACGCCUCAACGACUUGGCCACAAUUCUGAAGAACGACAUGGCGACAAAGGACGAAGGCGAGGCCCUACGUAUCAACCAGAAAAUAUCAGGAUAUUAUCAUCGGUACCUUGGUAUGGCCUGUCGUGCACUGAAGACCACGCCGCCGGAGGUGCAGUACAUAGCGCCUUGCACGCCUCUCCAGGAGGGAAUGCUUAUUAGGUCGGCCAAGUCAAAGGGACGAAGUACGUACUAUAACUCAUUCAGAUUCAAACUUUCACCAGACGCCUCAAUCGCCCGGCUCAAGGAGGCUUGGCAAAGUCUGGUUGAUCACCAUCCUAUCUUACGAACUUCAUUCCUCGAGACGACUGAGAGUUAUAUCCAAGUGGCUCUCAAAGGACAACAGAUAAAAUGGCACCACACUGCGGUUGAGGAAAGAGAACUCGAAGAGCACAUUGAGCAACGUUACGAUUCGUGGGUGCGGUCCAACGACGAGAAACUCAGCAUAGCUCUCGAGGUCGACUGCAUUCAGCACGGUGGUAUGAAUCUGAUGGUAGUUCGAGUGUUCCAUGGCAUAUACGAUGCGAGAAGCUUUGAUUUGAUCAUAAAACAGCUCUCUGCCGCGUAUAACCAAGUUGAGCUUCCGAUGGGGCCUCCAUUCAUCGAAGCACUACCGCAUGGGCCUUUAUGCGAUUACAGCCAUUCCAAGCCUUUUUGGACGGCCUUGUUCAGUGGAUUCACAUUAGAACCUGUCCUAAAAGCCCUUGGGACUGGGGCUGGUGACUCGCAAGUUUUCACAUCCUACAGCAUAGCUGACUUGGAACGCAAACGAAUUGCUCUUGGCGUGACACAGCAGACCAUCGUGCAGGCUGCGUGGCUGUCCACGUUGAGACAACACUUUGGAAUCUGGCCUUCGAUGGGUAUAGUGAUCUCUGGCCGGUCACUACUACUACAGGGAGCCGAAAACAUCGUUGGUCCUCUUUUCAACACAAUUCCUUUCCGGCUCAGACAUACUUCGAUUGAGACCUGGACAUCUUUGCUCCACGAAAUCCACAGAUUCAACGCUAAAGCAUUGGACUUCGCACACGUACCUUUACGACAAGUGCAGAAGUGGUGUUCCAACGGUCAACCAUUGUUUGACAACCUGUUUACGUUUGAACGUGAUGAUGGCCCUUCAAGAGACACAGACAAUACCCCCUGGACAGAUGUCACCUCAACAUCCACAGCAGACUUUCCACUUGCUUUUGAGGGUGUCGUUACGAAGCACCAUAAGCUAAAUAUCACUAUCGCAGCGCGAAGGGAUAUUGCCGAUGAUAGUCUUCUGAAUAGUCUGCUUGAAACACUGGGUCGAACGCUGGCCGGAAUGGAGUCUGAAGAUGAGCUUCCACAGCCGCACAACAUCCAGCGCCCACCUUCUAAACCCUAUACGAAUGGCAUAGGGAUCCGUGCAGCGUUAUCGAACACGCAGAUGGGAGAUUUUGUGUGGUCUCCCAAAGCUCGCGAAAUACAAGGAGAGAUCGCUGCGCUGUCCGACAUCCCAUGCGAUGAUGUCACAGAAGAUACCACGCUUCUGGAAAUUGGGCUAGACAGUAUCGAUGCGAUCAGACUUGUUGCCCGACUGCGCCGCAUCGAAGUCAAUGUUACCACCAGUCAACUCAUGAAGCAGCCAUCUAUCCGGGGUAUCGUAGCUUGCAGUGAAACAGAAAGAUCAGUCAAUGGUCAUGCAUUGCCUGGAGCCGAAAGACUCCUCUCUGUCCAAGAUCAUCUAAGAAGAUACUUGGGAGACAAUGGCCAUGAGCUUCAAGCCAUUGAAGAUGUCUUACCCCCAACACCACUGCAAGACUCAAUGGUAGCUGAGAUGGUCCUUUCAGAUUUCUCUAGGUAUUUCAACCACGAUGUGCUUGAGAUUUCAGAAAGCGUGGAUUUGGUUGCUCUGCGGUCGGCUAUACGUUUGGUUAUCAAGAAUUGUCCUAUCUUGCGAACAGGUUUCGUUCAAGUCGACGAUCCAGCACUCAACUUUGCGUACUGUCAAGUUAUCUUCAACGACGUCAACCCUUUCAAGGAGAAGAUAUUACUCGAGGACCUAAAGGACGUGGGGCUGGCCAUUGAAAGCACACGUCAAAGGGCGCUCAACUCAGGUGGUCGCUUGGAGCUUCUGCAGCUUACUCCGGUCGAGGUAGCAGAGCGUCAGUACCUCGUCUUGUCAAUCGCGCACGCCUUGUAUGAUGGAGCGUCCCUUGACAUGUUCCACCGCGAUGUUCAGGAGGCGUACUAUCGGCAAUACGGCCCUCAAAAACCGUGUCAUCCAGCACUGGCCAGGAUCAUUUCCAGUGCAUCAGACGAUGCAGAUGGGUUUUGGGCAGAUUACCUCCGUGAUGCCCAACCAACCACGCUACCCGAAGACACCGAGCACCAUUACGGCCAUAUUCCUUUGGUCCAUAAGUCAGAAGCACCAUCCCGGGUAUCGUCACGGGAGAUUAGAGAGUUCUGUAUGCGUCGCCAUAUUACAGCACAAACUCUUGGACAAGCUUGUUCUGCAGCUGUCCUGGCGACUCUGGUCAAAUCACUCAACGUAAUCUUGGGCGUCGUCAUCUCGGGCAGGGAUAACGAGGAUACUCAAGAUCUGCGUUUUCCGACAAUGAAUACCGUGCCUGUCAGAGCCAUCUUGCAUGGCACUGCCGCAGAAUAUCUGCAGUACAUGUGGGAAAACUUGACUAACAUCAACGAAUUUCAACACUUCCCACUGCGAAAGGCCCAAGCACUUGUCAACCGUAGCGGCAGUCCUCUCUUCAAUGCUCUAUUCACUAUGCAGGCCAGCACCAGCUUGAACGGGAGUGAUGGAAGUGAUCAUGCUAUCUGGAAAUCGGUGAGGUCUGCCUCGGAAGUGGAGUAUCCACUGUGUAUCGAAAUGGAAUUGGUCUCAGGCAAGCUGAUCUGGAGGCUCGCAGCCGAUGAGCGUUACAUUAGCAUGGAAAACAUCCAGGCGAUCACUGAUCAGCUAGACCAUGUCCUCCUGCACCUUAUGAGCGAUGGAAAGGCAGAAAUGCUUCAGUUCACUCCUGAUGGCACUUCCGUUUCUGUAUGCGGUUUACCCUUCUUUGCCCUAACAGCAAAAGGCCAACAUGUGGAGACUGAGAGUUACUCGUCCCAACUUAAGACCCCCGCUUGGUCUAGCAGAGAAUCUAAGGUUGUUGAUGUUCUAGCCGAAGUGUCCGGCGUGGAACGAUCGAUGAUUUUGCCCUCUCAAACGAUCUACCAUCUUGGGUUGGACUCGAUCAGCGCCAUCAAAGCAAGCUCCCUCCUUCGGAGGCAUGGCAUACUUGUUUCUGUAAGAGACAUGGUUAAGGCCGCAUCUAUCAGACAUAUUGCGCUUGAAAACAACAGAAGUGAGCCAGAUGAGGCUUCUCGACAGACAACCACUUUGGAGAACCCUCUGGAGGAUGUCGACAUUACAGCACUCCUAGCAAAGUCUGGGAUUGACUCAAAAUCAGUUGAAAGGGUGCUCCCUGCUCUCCCAGUGCAAGUUUACAUGUUGUCCACCUGGAUAAAUAGCCGAGGCAAUCUGUUCUUCAAUGAGUUUUCCUACGACCUACAUGGGAAGAUCUCGCAAGAAACGAUACAAGCCUCCUGGGCCACACUGGUAUCUGAGCUCCCUAUCCUGAGGACCUCUUUUGUCGCAACCGGGUCUCCUGAAAUGCCAUUUGUUCAGAUCAUCCAAAGUGCUGAGUACGUGUGUUCAACGGACAACUGCAUAGUAACGAACAACCAGAUACAGUUUGACAGCAGCCCCUUCGUUUCGCUGUGUGUUUCAACAGCCUCCGAGGGUAUGAACAUGUUGACGCUCAAGAUCCACCACGCACUCUAUGAUGGCGUAAGCCUACCCAGUAUCACCAACCGCCUCAAGGUCUUGUGCAAACCCAAGCCGCCUCCCGCUGGUUUCAGCUGCUCGAUAUGGGAAAAGUUUGUAUCGGACCAUUACGGAAACACCACCAGUAGAAAGCGAGAGAUCUUCUGGAAAGCCUAUCUCGAUGGAUUCGCCUCUCAGAAACACCUUGCAAGAAAUACAUCUGACGAAAUGUCACGCACUGCCGUAUUCCGGCCUUCGGUUGUUGACAUUACUAAGCUCAAGGAUGCAGUGUCAGCCAAUGGCAUCGGCCUACAGGCAUUGUUCUUCGCGGCUUAUGCAAAAGUGCUUGUCAACAUCUCUCAAGCAUCUUUAGAUUCCGAAUCUCAAUACCGAGAUGUGAUAUUUGGCAUCUAUUUGGCAAACCGAGCUUCCUUCGACGAGUCCUUGCAGGACCUGCCUUUUCCAACUUUGAACAUUGUUCCGCUUAGAGUCAGAUAUAGAGACGAAGACACAGUGAUACAAGUAGCCAAGCAGAUACAGGCUGAUUUACUGGACAUCAACUCGUUUGAGAACGCGUCAGCGGGUUUGUGGGAGAUUGCGCGAUGGACAGGUGUUAAGGUCGACUCUUUUGUCAAUUUCUUGAGUCUUCCAGAACAGACCUUAGAUGAUGAGGCAAGCGAUAUUCAGCUUCGCGAUACCACAUCUACUGUCCCCAAGGAUAGUCAGGACAAUUUGAUCGAAUGGAGGAAGCUCGCUCAUCCGGGAGAUACGUGGCUGGCAGAAAAUAGCACGGCAGAUGCAUACAUCGAUGCGGUGGACAUCGAAGCGGCAGCGCAUGGCCAAGCCAUCGAUAUUGGUGUUUUUGCUUCUCCUUCUCUGUUGACCCGGGCAGGUGCAUCUACUGUGAUUGAGGGCAUUGCGGGUGUGUUGCGAGAGAUAUAG